AUGGAUUCCGAGCAGGUCCAGCCUUCUCUAAAGCUGACUAACGUCGUCGACAAUGUCCCCAAGCGCAUCACCCAGCUCGAGUUCGGCAUCCUCUCCAACCAGGAUAUUGCCAACCAGUCCGUCCUUGACGUCUCCGACCGCAACAUCUACGACCUCACCACCCAGGGCCAGACGCGCGCUCUCACCCAGCAUGGCCCUAUGGACCGCCGCCUGGGAACCUCCCAGAAGAAUGUCGCCUGCGAAACUUGCCAUGAACCCCUCCAGACUUGCAACGGUCAUUUUGGCCAGAUUCGUCUCGCCCUCCCCGCCUUCCACAUUGGAUAUCUGAAGAACAUCAUCGAUGCAUUGCACAACGUCUGCAAGCGACGAUCCUUCCUUCGCAGCAUGCGCCGCCCCGCUUUGGACAAUCUGCAGCGCACCCAAAUCUCCAGAAAAGUCUCCGACGAGUGCAGGAAGCGCAAGGUCUGCAUUCACUGUAAUGCUGUCAAUGGCCCUAUUCGGAAAGUCGCUGGGCAUCCCCUCAAACUCGUCCAUCUCAAGUAUGACGCCUUCAACCGCUCCACCGCCAAGUCAAAGGUCACCCCAGAGUCCAAGAUCGAAUUUGAUGCCUCCUUCCAAACUGCAAAAGAGGGAAAUAUUGACCUCGAAAAGAAUCUCAGGAAAGCCGUCGAUGAUAUGCAUCCGUUGAGAGUGCUAAAUAUCUUCCGUCGUAUCUCCAAUUCAGAUUGCGAGCUUCUGGGCCUGAAACCCGGACUGGGACGGCCCGAGCUGUUCAUUUGGCAAUACGUUCCUGUACCGCCCGUGAGUAUUCGACCUUCCGUCGCCCAGGAGUCCGGAAAUACCGAGGAUGACCUCACCAACAAGCUUGGUGAUAUCAUCCAUAUGAGUUCCCUCAUCAGAGCCGGCCUCGAGAAGGGGCAGCCAAUUCAGAAUCUGAUGGAGCAAUGGGAUUUCUUACAACUACAGAUUGCCAUGUACAUCAACAGCGAAGUUCCUGGUCUUCAACAGCCUGGUUUCGGCAAGGCCAUGCGCGGUUUCUGCCAACGCCUUAAAGGCAAGCAGGGGAGAUUCCGGCAAAACCUUUCUGGCAAGCGCGUCGAUUUCUCUGGGCGCACCGUUAUUGGUCCCGACCCCAAUUUGGGCAUAGACGAGGUGGCAGUACCGAUGCGUGUAGCCACUAACCUGACAUUCCCUGAGAAGGUGUCCCGUUACAAUAUCGAGAAGCUUCGAGCCUGCAUCAGGAGAGGCCCCCACAAGCAUCCUGGAGCGAACUUUAUCGUCAAACCAGCAGAGAACAAGAAAAUUUCUCUCCCCGUCCUCGCUAAAUCUAACGCAGCCGACAAACUGGAACGCGCAGCGAAGCAGCUUCAAAUUGGAGACAUAGUAGAAAGGCAUCUCGAGGAUGGAGACAUUGUGCUCUUCAAUCGACAGCCGUCGUUGCAUAAGCUCAGUAUUCUCAGCCACAAAGCUAAGAUCCGACCUUGGAGGACUUUUCGGCUCAACGAAUGCGUCUGCAACCCGUACAAUGCCGAUUUCGACGGCGACGAGAUGAAUCUACACGUCCCACAGACCGAGGAGGCCCGCGCAGAGGCUAUCGAACUUAUGGGUGUGAAGCACAAUCUGGCCACGCCGAAGAACGGGACCCCCAUCAUUGCAGCCAUCCAGGACUUCAUAACCGCGGCCUACCUUCUUAGCAGUAAGGAAAACUUCUACGACCGGAAAUCCUUUACGCAAAUCUGCUCCUUCAUGUUCAACGCCGACUGCGUUGUCGAUCCGGACACCGGAGAACAAAUGCCUAUCGAGAUUCCAGAGCCGGCGAUAUUCAAACCCCAGAGGCUGUGGACCGGCAAGCAGGUUUUCAACGUACUUUUGAGGCCAAACAAGAAAUGUAAAGUGCUAGUCAACCUUGAUGCUCCAUGCAAACAGUACAAGCCAUCAACAAAGUGUCCAGCACCCGACCUCAAUGAAGACGACGCAUGGCUAGUCAUUCGCAAUUCAGAAGUCAUGUGUGGUGUCAUGGACAAGUCGACGGUUGGUGACGGCAAGAAAGAUUCCGUCUUCUACGUUAUUAUGCGAGACUUUGGCCCAGACCAUGCCGUUCAGGCUAUGAAUAGACUCUCGAAGCUGUCUGCUCGAUGGCUUAGCAAUCAAGGGUUCUCCAUCGGCAUCAACGACGUCACACCCGGCGCUGAGUUGGUUCAGAGUAAGCAAAGGCUAGUGUCAAAUGCAUACGAAAAAUGCGACAAAUUGAUCGCAGACUUCAAGAAUGGAAAACUCGAACGAGAUGCUGGAUGCACACAAGAACAGACAAUGGAAAACAAAAUGGGUGGAAUCCUCAGCGGCGUUCGACAAGACGCUGGUGAGAUCUGCUUCAAGGAAUUGAGCAAAUGGAACGCCCCCCUCAUCAUGGCAAAAUGUGGGUCCAAGGGCUCGAACAUCAAUGUAUCCCAGAUGGUUGCAUCCGUGGGACAGCAGAUGAUCGGGGGCAAACGCGUCGCGGACGGUUUCCAAGACAGAACUCUUCCGCACUUUCCAAAAGCAGCUCGUCAACCCGCUUCGAAGGGCUUCGUUAGUAACAGUUUCUACUCGGGUCUGAACCCAACGGAGUUCAUCUUUCACGCCAUGAGUGGCCGUGAAGGUCUCGUUGACACCGCUGUCAAGACUGCCGAGACUGGCUACAUGAGUCGCAGGCUUAUGAAAUCACUCGAGGACCUUUCUUCGCAAUACGACAAUACAGUCCGCAACUCUUCGGCUGGCAUCGUCCAGUUUCAGUAUGGCGACGACAAUCUUGAUCCGGUGGACAUGGAAGGGAAGGCAAAACCAGUGAAUUUCGAGCGAACGUUCUCGCAUGCCAUUACGUCUACUUGGGAUAAUUCCGAGAAUACGCUCCGACCGGACGACGUGAAAGAAUAUUCGAUUACCACACUGAAUGCAGAACGAAGCAAGUAUACCCGCAUGUCUCUGGAUGGCACAAAAAAACUCGACUACCAUGACGAGAGCCACCAUGGCGUUGAUCAUUUGGAGAGUAUUCGAGACUUCCUAGAUGCCGUCCAGGAUUUCAUAUAUGAGAAAGCCGACAAGCUCGCCAAAGCUAUGGUGUAUGUGGGUAUCUCCGAUGCUUUAAGCAAAGGGGAAAAUUCCUCUGGAGGAAAUUCGAGCGCAUUCAACCUCGUAGACGGAAUGGCCAAGAUCUCAGCUACCGCGCUCAGCACGUUCAUUCGUCUUUGCAUCACCAAAUACGACCGUUCAAAAGUUCAACCAGGUCAUGCUGUUGGUGCCGUUGGCGCCCAGUCCAUUGGUGAGCCAGGUACACAAAUGACGCUAAAGACUUUCCAUUUUGCUGGUGUCGCCGGCAUGAGUAUAACGCAAGGUGUUCCCCGAAUCAAGGAAAUAAUCAACGCUUCCAAAGCCAUCAGUACUCCUGUCAUAUCUUGCCAGCUAUCGAACAGAGUCUCCGAAGACUCAGCGCGCAUGGUUAAAUCGCGCAUCGAAAAAACUUACCUCCGCGAUAUCAUCGUGCAUAUCGAGGAUGUGUACCACCGGCAAGGGGGCUACCUGAGUGUUCGUAUCGACUGGGACACAGUCCACAAACUGCAUCUGGACCUUACGCCGGAAGCGGUAGCCAAGGCUAUCAUUCAGGCCAAAAACCUUAAGAUGGCCAAAGACGGAUCCACUUGGAACACCAGCCCGAGAGGAAACUAUGUACGCAUCUACCCUGCAGACCCGGCUAAGAGAGCCAAGAAGGGACGCUCUACUACGACCAAAGCGAAGACGGAAGAAGAUUUUUUCAUUCGUAUGCAAAAUCUUAAGCGACUGAUGCCGGAUGUCGUGGUCAAAGGCUAUCCCGAUGCUCAGCGCGCCAUCAUCAAGAAAGAUGAGACACCAAAUGCAAACGGUCAAUACGAGUUAGAGCUUCUAGUCGAAGGUUACGGUCUCAGAGACUGCAUGACCACUCCUGGAGUAGAGGGGCUGUCAGUUUAUUCGAAUUCCGUUUUAGAAGUGCUGAGCGUUCUCGGCAUCGAAGCCGCGCGAGAUACCAUUGUCAAGGAAAUCAGCUCUGUGAUGAAGGGGAUGGACAUUGACCCUAGGCAUAUGCAGCUCUUGGCUGACGUUAUGACUUUCAAGGGAGACGUCCUGGGCAUUACCCGCUUCGGCCUCGCGAAAAUGCGCGACUCGGUGCUCCAGCUGGCAAGCUUUGAGAAGACACCAGAUCAUCUGUUUGAGGCGGCUAGCAAAGGCAAGGUAGAUGCCAUCGAAGGCGUGAGUGAGUGCAUCAUCAUGGGCCAAAGCGUGAAGCUUGGGACAGGCGCUUUCAGUGUCAUUCGAAAACUCGGGUUGAGUGAAGAUGAGGUCGGUUCUAGUGCACAGAGGAGGUGCUUGUUUGAGGAGGGUUGGGCUUCCGCCAUGCAAGGUGUCGCCGCUGCUGCUUAAGGGCUAGGCACAGUCUUUCAUAGUAGGUCGAUUGGUCAUUUCCUGCAUAGCGAGGAUUCAAGCAUAUGUUUGCAUAGCGAUGGCGUUCAAAAUGUUGGACGGUGGUCAUCUUUGGGCUUGGUUCCAGGUGAAUACCUGGGUAGGGCGCGUAAAGAAAUCAAGUUUUCUUGUGUCACCUUUUGCGACCUAUGGACUCGUUUCUAUUGGGCAAUCUCCACAAUCUCCCGGCCUUUUCUUAGUCUCUAAGACCCAGAUCUAAUGCAUGUCCACGUCUUCCAAUCUCAAUUUAUGCGGAAUUGAUCGACAGUGGGAAGGCACUCCAAGG